AUGGGAAUACCUUCCUUCUUCAGCUGGCUCGUGGGCAAGUACCCAAAAAUCGUCGGCACCAUCAUCGACGUCUACUCUGCCUCGUCAUCGGAGGACGAGGAGGAGGAGAAAGAAGAAAAGGAGGAAGAAGAGGGGGAAGAAGAAGAGGUUGAAGAAGAAGAUGACGAUGAAGAGGAUGAAGAUGAAGAAGAAGAGAUCAUCUACGACAACCUCUACCUCGACAUGAAUGAAAUCAUCCACAAAUGCUUCCGCCUCAACAACGGGCUGGUGUACAAUUGGUUUUUCGCUUACUUGGAUCGCUUGUUUCGCAUGGUCAGGCCAAGGAGGCUCCUUUACUUGGCAGUAGAUGGUGUCGCCCCUAUGUCCAAGAUGACCAAGCUGCAACAGAGGUACUUCAAAACUGCCAAGUAUCGCGCAGACUCGGAGGCUGAAGCGAUCCUCUUGACGGAGAUAUUCAGAGCUCAGGGGAAAGAGGUGAUGCCCCGAGAUACGUAUGAGCUUCAGAAUCCUGUUGUCAAGAUGCCAGGGACGGAAUUCAUGGAGAAGAUAUCAGCAGCGCUGGAGUACUUCAUCCACGAACGGUUGAAUACGGACCCUGAAUGGAAAGACAUCAAGGUAAUACUUUCUGAUGCAAAUGUUCCUGGAGAAGGGGAGCACAAGAUCAUGUCUUUCAUUCGCGCGCAACGAAGCAUGGAAAACUAUGAUCCGAACACCCGCCAUUGUCUGCAUGGGCAUGAUGCAGAUCUGAUCAUGCUCGCGUUGGCAUCUCACGAAGUCCACAUUUCAAUUUUGCGGGAGUUCGAUAAUCCAAAUGGAAGGAUACCCGCAAGAUUUUAUCAGUUUGUGGACAUAUGGGUUCUGAGAGAGUACUUGGAGCUUGAAAUGAAGACACCAGGUUGCAAACAAGAUACCGAGAGACUAAUAGAUGACUUUAUCUUUAUUUGUUUCUUGACAGGAAACGAUUUCAUUCCACGGAUUCCUUCACUAGAGAUAAAUGAAUUUGCAGUUGAUCUUCUCAUUGAAGUGUACAAAACAACCUUCAACAAAAUGGGGGGCUAUAUGGUCAACACAGACAAAAUUAAAGAUAAAUACGGUGUGUAUCUGGAAGUCACAAGGUUAGAGAAGUUCUUUCAUGAACUGUCCUUGUGCGAAGAGAAAAUUUUACUCAAAAGAUAUGAACUGCAAGAGAAGUUACUGCACAAGAUACAGGGUGAAGCUGCAGUAAACGAAUGGGCCAAGGGAGAGGACAGGGGAGAGAAGAAAACAUCAUUUGCUCAGCAUUUUUUUUAUCCUGUAGAGACUUCCCUUGAAAGAGACUCUGACGAUGUGGUCAGAGAGAAUACCAGGGAGCUAUGGAGAACUGUGAGCGAUAUUUUCUGUAAUAAGGACGACCUUUUUAAAAAUGGAGCCUGCAAACAAGACAAGAUAAGACCAGGAUGGAAAUCCCGGUUCUACAGAGAGAAGCUUGGUGCCGAAACUUCUAAAGAAGUUGGAAGGCUGCAGACAGAAAUGGUUCAGAAGUAUUUAGAAGGAUUAUGCUGGAUGCUUCAAUGCUAUUUUUCUGAAGUUCCUUCAUGGACUUGGUGCUACCCAUUCUAUUAUGCUCCUUUUGCAUCGGAUUUCAAAUGUCUGUCUCGAUUCAACAUAUCUUUCACCAUGGAUAAACCACUAAGACCAUUUGAUCAGCUCAUGGCAGUUUUGCCACCACAAAAGAAUGUUUUGUCAUGUGCCCUUCCAAAAUGUUACAGCAAAUUAAUGGGCUGUGAAGAAUCUAAAAUACAAAUGUCCUAUCCAACAGAGUUCGAGAUUGAUCCAGAUGGCAAACGUUUCUUGUCACAAGGUAUUGCAAAGUUACCAUUCAUAGACAAGGAACUGCUGCUUUCAGCUACCAAAAUGGUAGAGAAAGAUCUAACGGAGGAUGAGAUGGCACGGAAUAAUGCUCGGCAGGAGAGGAUCUUCCUGAGGAACUCGCAGAGUCUGGCAAAUACUGCAGCAUUUGUGGCAACAAUUUCAGACAAUGCACAGAAAAAGCUUUGGAUAGACACUAGUGAAAUCGGGGGAUGGUUCUCACCAGAUGAGAAGGAGGUUCAAAGCUCUGCGUUAAGAAAAAAUAAGGUUCAACACGCGUGGUCGUGGAUAAGAGAUCCAGACAUGACAGUUCGUCACGUCACAUCCUCUGUGCCACUGUGUGAAUGCCUCAUCAGAUCAGCAAUGUUCUUCAACCCUGAGGCAGUGAAGCCGAUUUCAAGACUGCUUGAUAAUGUCAUAGUGCCUGACAAGACUAUAACUGAAGCCGACAUUCGGAAGAGGCCGCUGUGGCACACGUACCCGGGUCCAAGGCCAAGGCCGCCGCAUGUCACCCACAGACCAGAGACCCAGUGGAGGGCGAGCACGCCGGCGACGCCGAGAGAAGAGCACAAGCUCGCCGGGGAGGGGUGGCUGGGACGGGGGAGAGGAAGCGCCGCCGCUGCUACCGCCGAUACACAGCAGAUCGGGCCGAGCGGCUAUGGGAGAGGUUCCCAGGGUGUGCAAAUGGCGCAGAGCCGAGGCGGCCGGUUCGACGGCGGUGAUGAGUGGGCAGGAGGAGGCGGCGGCGGCGGCACGGUGAAGAGGCCGGAGACGGAGGCGCGGCCCGUUGGGUUGUGGGCGAGAGGAGGCGGCCGUCGCGGGAGCGGGCCAGCCCGCGCGCGGUAG